AGGGGCUGCUCCAAGGGCAUCGGUGCUCCUGCAUCCCUCCAGGUAACUUGGCAGGCUGGUACCUGCAAGAACAAGUUUGACACCCGAGUACCUUGCAUUCACAGGCAGGUUUGCUUGUGUUCCACUGGGGAGAUCUCUUAAACCGGGCUGGUUUGCACUCUUUGAGCAGUAUAUGAUGGGUGUUGUUCUGGUCCCUGCAGGUUAAGACUGAUCGAGGCCAUCAUCCCACCCAACCAUGGCACCCACACUGGCUACCGCCCAUCGCCGGCGCUGGUGGAUGGCAUCCACAGCCAUCAUUGAGAGCCUGCUCUUCUCUGCUGUCCUGCUGGGCUGGGGCUCCCUCCUCAUCAUGCUGAAAGCAGAAGGGUUUUAUUCCUACCUGUGCUACGAGUCGGCAAACACCACCAGCAGCCCUGACCGGGAGAACAGCACGGAUUCAGAGCCCAAAUGGCCCUCCUGCAAUGCCCAGGAUGAGAUGCUCAACUUGGCCUUCACCAUUGGGUCCUUCCUGCUCAGUGCGAUCACGCUCCCACUGGGAAUUGUCAUGGAUAAGUAUGGACCUCGCAAGCUCCGGCUGCUCGGCAGUGCCUGCUUUGCUGUGUCCUGUGUGCUGAUCGCCUAUGGAGCCAGUAACCCCGACACUCUGUCUGUGCUGAUAUUCAUUGCGCUGGCUCUGAAUGGCUUUGGGGGGAUGUGUAUGACCUUCACAUCGCUGACGCUGCCCAACAUGUUUGGUGACCUCCGUUCCACGUUCAUUGCCCUGAUGAUUGGCUCCUAUGCUUCCUCUGCUGUGACUUUUCCAGGAAUCAAGGUUAUAUACGACCUUGGGGUCUCCUUCAUCCUCAUUCUGCUGGUCUGGGCAAGCUGUGCAGGAUUAGUGUUCCUCAACUGCUUCUUCAACUGGCCCCUGGAGCCUUUCCCAGGACCAGAAGACAUGGACUAUUCGGUGAAAAUCAAGUUCAGCUGGCUGGGAUUUGACCACAAAAUCACUGGGAAACAGUUCUACAAGCAAGUGACAACUGUGGGGCGCCGGCUCAGCGUGGGGAGCUCCAUGAAGGGCCCCAAGGAGCCCACAGCCUUGCAGGAGAACAACAAGCUCUGCCUGUCCACGGUGGACCUGGAAGUGAAGUGCCAGCCUGACAAUGCAGCUUCUCCCUCCUUCAUGAAGAGUGUCUUCAGUCCUAUCUUGUUGCUCAGCCUUAUCACCAUGUGUGUCACUCAGCUGCGGCUCAUCUUCUACAUGGGAGCCAUGAACACCAUCCUUGAGUUUCUGUCUGGAGAUAAAGAUCAAGUGGCUCUCUACACUUCCAUCUUUGGGGUACUGCAACUGCUGUGCCUGCUGACAGCACCUGUGAUCGGCUACAUCAUGGACUGGAGGCUGAAAGAGUGCGAUGAUGGCUCCGAAGAGACUGAGGAGAGCAACGCUGAGCAAAGUGACAAGAAAAAGAAGAAGCGCGACCGUCAGAUCCAGAAAAUCACCAACGCCACCAAUGCCUUUGCGUUCACAAACGUCCUCCUGGUUGGAUUUGGAAUCACCUGUCUUAUUCCCAACCUACCCCUGCAGAUUCUUUCCUUCAUUUUGCACACCAUCGUGAGAGGAUUCAUCCACUCGGCUGUGGGAGGCCUCUAUGCAGCUGUAUACCCCUCUACCCAGUUUGGCAGCUUGACAGGGUUGCAGUCGUUGAUCAGUGCCCUCUUUGCCCUUCUGCAGCAGCCUCUUUUCAUGGCACUGACGGGACCUUUGGAAGGAGACCCUCUCUGGGUGAAUGUCGGCUUGCUUGCUGUGAGCUUCUUGGGUUUCUGCCUUCCAAUCUACCUGGUGUGCUACAGGCGCAGGCUAGAGAGGGAAAAAAAGCAGAAGAUGGAGGAUGCCAAACUCUUCUUCAAAAUCAACGGCACUCCCAAUGAGGAAGCCUUUGUUUAAACUCUUGCUUCAAGUACAACCUCCCCUGUACAGGUUCCUACCACAUCCGUGGGUUCUACCUGUGGUGUAAGCCAGGCUGUUUCUCCCCUGGCUCUGCCAGUCUUUGCCCAUCGCUGGAGUGAGGGCCGGACAUCAUGACUGUGCUUUCCUCAGACACGUGGCAGGAGGAGACUUCCCACUCCUUAUUCCAGAACAUGGGUCUCUUUCCCUUUCUAUAAAGGCCACUCAGAUAUUGUGUCUUAAACUAUCCCCUGAUCACACUCUCCAGUGGCAGAGCCCCUGCAUAGGAAACUUGGGAGAGAAGGAACAGAGGGAUGGGGGAAGAGGGAAGAAAGACCCGAACUUGAGUUUGCAAAGGUAACACACUGAAGUCUGUUUUCUCCUCCUCUUCCCCCAACCUUGGCUGUGGCGUUGUCUCAGAUGCAAGCUGCACGUUCCUCCCUCCCUGAGGCUUCAUAGUGGUCUCUCUGCUUGAUAUGUAGUUGGACCCAGUGGUUUUAUUGCCUAUCCAGACAUACCCUGGACUGUUCCUGAGGCAGGGAAGGGGAUUUUAUUCCUACGUGUAUGAGCACAGCUUCAGUGUAUUGCUAAAUGUUGGCUGCUAGCACUGACAGCUCCCAAACCUUUUAUUACUGCAAAUGACACAGACUUGUGAGCAAUGGAUCUGCCUUCCACACUGAAGAGCCUAGCGUACUGCUUGGUCGUAGAUCAAGCUUUCAAAGGCCUGGAACAACUCGUCUUCCUGGCCCAUAAACCACCUGUACGUGUUUUAAACUGUCUGCAGUCCUGGAACCUUUGAGAUAGGAAUUGGAUCUCAUUUACCGAUGAAGUGCUUUGGGACUUGUUGCCUUUUGCCUCUUCUUCCUUCCACCGUGACGCUGGGAGGGGAGCAGCAUGUACUAAAGGUGGAAGAGCUUGAAGCUGAGCUCUGGGGCUCCAAAUACCUUGGUGUUCACAUGUUGUGAGCUGACUUGCUGUUGGAAAGAGCCAACGAGUGCAGAACACUCCUUUGUGUGUGGUAACUGGAUCCUGUGGACAUGUGGGUGAUGUGGUGAAGUAAUUCUUCCUCCAGCCAUAGCUUAUUUACACCAUUCUGGUAACAGCCCCCAAGCUGCUGAACACCAGGUUACUGCAACUGACCAAAAAGCUGCCGGUUUGGCUGUAUUAAGAACCUUCUACAACGUCGAUGCUCUGUCUGGACAGAGUACAUGGUGAUCGAUUGUAUGCUGAAGCUGACUUAGAGCAAUACGUGUGGGUAAAGGUGCCCCCAGGUCUGUUCACCAUGGAGGGAAUAUAAAGGGAAUUUUUAACCUGCUUAUUUUUAUAGAGGUUUUCCUAAGUCUUGUCUAAGUUUGAUUUUUCUGCCCUUAACCUUUCUGUUGAGGUUGGUAGCUCAGCUGCUAUAGCAUUGUGACUAGCAUGAACCACUGCACCAUCUGGACCUGCUCGGAGCAGGAAGGUGCAGUGUUGAGGGUGGAUAUGCAGUGGACAUGCAGCACCAAAUGCACUGGGCUGAGCUAGUGGCUGUGGGAGGGUUGGGAGCAGAAACCAAACAGAAGAUGCAGUGGUGGUGCUUUCUGAACUGCUGACCCCUGUGGUACUGCAAAGCCUGGCAGGGGUUAAGUCAUUUAACUGCUUUAUGUCUGGUUGGAAAAGUCCAAGAGUCAAUCACUGCCCUGGUAGUGCUGGGGACUGGAAACAACAGCACGCUCGGAUCUUCCUUUGGGAAAUCGCCUGGAAACUGGGUGUUAACCCCUUUACAGAAGGCUUGGAGCAUGCAGAGGCUCAGCCCAGCCAGGUCUUCACCCUUCCUACAGAAGGCUGGUGACCUCAUGGGCAGGACGGCUGGAAACCCUGCCAGCAGAGGAGGAGGAGGAGGAGGAGGCAGCUUUGUGGGGCAGCAGCGCCAUCUCCAGCCAGGCUCCUGCGGGCAGUUCAGACGCUUCCCUCUUGGUCUGCAGUCACUCCUUUGGAAAUAGCUCACCACUUGAGUAUUUUACACGUUUGUGGGGUUUUUUUUAAUGUGUUGCCUUUAUUAAAUGUGUUUGUUCCAAGACAGCCUUGCUGCCUGCUGACAACACUUCACUCUUGUCCAACAUCUUGUCUUCUGUUGACCUCUAGCUUUGGUAUGAGUUAGCCACUGUCCCAGCUUUCCUAUCUUUUGUGUCAAGCAAUAACGAAGGAGGCAGAGUCUUGAUUCAUUUUCCUGUUCGCCUGGCAUCGUCUCAAGUACGUGUUUUGGAGACCACCAGCUUGCCUAGAUUUCCAGAGGGCUUUCUAUGGAUUUCUGCGUUUCAUAUUAUAUACUCCUAAAUAUUGUGAAGAUUCCAACUUGUGCUCUGAUUGUGACGUGACAAUAAUGGGUUAAACGUAACUUAUUUAUUCCUUUUAUCAGUGAGAGCUCAGACAGGUGAGUGUCCUCAGACCGGCAGUGUCUUAAAACAGAUGGUUGUUGGUGUGCUGACUCAGCAUUACUUCCACCUCACAUUCAGAACAUCAUAACGUGGUAGCUUCCACUCUUUGGCCACUUGAGUUCCCAUUAGAAAUAUCUCUGCAAAAUGGGGGAAUAGUGGCAUGUUUUCAGGAAGUCAUGGGAGAGAUGCUGCUGCUUGUGAAGUAUGUGCAGCUAAAUUAAACAUCACCGUUUUACUUCUGCCAUCUACCUCCCUACUGCAGUUCCCAGUUCCUGCUUUUUAUGUGGAAUAGCUUCUAAGCCAGUUUCAUCUGAUAAAAUGGUGGAUGUAUAUGCUUAGCAUCCCUGCUGAUGGGCUGUGGUGUUUAGAAGCUGCUGGUCAGCUGUGAGGAACAGAACCUCACUCCUUUUUGAGCUGGAGUUUCAGGCUCUGUUUGCAGAUGGAGAGUAAAGUGUGCCUUCAGCUGGCAGUCACCAGGAAUAGUGGGUACACAAGGAGAUUGUGGGAUGAGAAGUAUUUAGGUGAAAUACUGGGAAAGAAGCUCUUCCCUGUGAGGGUGCUGAGGCGCUGGCACAGGGUGCCCAGAGAAGCUGUGGCUGCUCCAUCCCUGGCAGUGUUCAAGGCCAGGCUGGACACAGGGGCUUGGAGCAAGCUGCUCUAGUGGAAGGUGUCCCUGCCCAUGGCAGGGGGAUUGGAACUGGAUGAGCUUUAAGGUCCCUUCAACCCAAACUAUUCUGUGAGUCAGUUUUCCACCAUGGGGCUGGUUAAAAGUGGUCUGAUAUAUCUGUUAACUCAGGGAGACUUUUAGUUGCUGUAUAUAAGAAAGUUAUGCCAAGGAAAAAUUCUUUUUCUGUGUGCUCUGUCUCUUAAGAAUUGGUCAAAGAUGGAGAAAAUAAAUGCUGGGCUAGGUGAAAAACUGGUCUGAUGUAGUGGGAUUUCAUUUACUCUGACAAUUGUGAACCAAGCUACUUUUAAAGAGCAGUCCCACAUUUAUCUAUCAAAAACCUGGAUCUGUGUGCAGGGUGUGCAAAUACUCCACCAACUGUGGCACAACUGCUUAAAUACUGUACCUCCUGCAGGGUGGGCCCAUUGGAGGACAGAGUAUUGUGGCUUCAGCCUCUUCUAUGUGUUGUUUUGCAUGGUGCAGAAGUGAACGCUGUUGGGAUAGUUCUGUUACACGUGGUUAUUCAUGGGCAGCCUGCCUUGAUCUUUGGCUGUUAUGGAAAUGUAAUUGUGGAUUACUGGAGUUUGGAGUGGAAAACAGCACUGCUGCUUUCUUAGCCAAGUGAUGUGGGACCAAGAUGAUUCCUUAUGUGCUUUUCUAUGUGGCAUGAGCCACCUUGUGGAAAAAAAGAUUAAUGGGCCACCAGAGUGUGAUGAUGGAAAAGCCCUUGUCUCCUCUGUAGCAGUAUCCCCAGCUAGAGGUAAUGAAGCAGAAACCUGGUAUGUGAGUACUUGCUCACAGAAGGAGCCCUCAGACUCAAAGAGUGUUGCUGUGUAAAGGUGAUUGCACCUCUGGAAACACUGCUCCUGGCCUCUACAGACUUUAAAUGUGUGUAAUAUGUAUCUGUACUUAAAGCAAAUAAACAAAGAAUUAAACUGAGUGGGGAAGGCAGGGUGACAGCUUAUUCCUUUCACUAAUCUGUCAGUACCAUUGACACUGUCUUCAUAGCAGCGAUGCUGUCAAGAGUAGCAGAGAAAAUCUGUGCUGUUCUGUUUAAUAGGGCACUUACAGCUUUAUUCAAUUACUGACACAGAGUCAGGACCCGUGAGAUGAAACUGGACACAGAUGUCUGCAAAAACACAAAAGAGGCAAAUCUUGCUGAGACUCCAGCUUCACUGCAAUGCUGCUACGCGCACUGAAUGCUUGACUCCCACAGCAAAGCCUGGCCUCUUCAUGCUCCGUCUACAAAGGACAACUGUAGGAUAACGAGAUUUUAAGUCAGUCAGUAAAUCACUAACAUGUUUUAAAGUGGGAGAUUUCCUUCUUGACAGGCUGCUAAUUUGGAAAAUAUGCCACAACUAUAAAGCAGAUACUGUAGGGUAAAAAGAAUGAAAUAUUUAAAAUGACAAGUGUUGAGGUUUUUGUUUGUUGGGUUGGUUUGGUUUUCUUUGAGUCUUUUCUAUUAUCUGCAGAGCUUUUGGUAUUCCCCACUUCCCAGUUUAGAAGUGCAAAGUACUCAUAACAGAAAUAAGUAUUAGAGCAGGAUUCCUGAUGGGAAAGGGGCUGCUUCCUUAAAAUAAAAAGCCACUUGGGAUUUAUAUGUCACCAGGUUCUCUUCUGUGGACUGGCUGAAAUAAUGCUGUGUUAUGUAGCUGCAUUCUUACCUGUUAAUUAUAAACCCUACAGGUCCUUGUUUUUCUGCCUGUCUCUGUGCAAUCUGUUUUUAUCAUGUCCUGUGCUCAAGUUGUCAUCCUUCCCACUGCUGCUUGCCACUUCCUUGUGCCUGUCACUUUUCAUUCUUGGCCCAAUCCCCUUCUAAAGGAAGCCCUCUCUUUUUAACCUGCCAGCUUUAGCCUCUCCCAAUGCCUCCUGCUCCCUGGAUCGAUGUGCUGUUUGUCAAAGUUGAACUGUAAGCUCCUCGUGGCAGGCUUGUGUCAUCCUCUCUGUGUGUGUAAGGUGAUGUGCACUCUUGCAGUAAUAUCUACAAAUAAAGGUGGUAUUAAGUUAAUCACUAGUUUUCCUGUAAUAAAGGUAUUGCUUGGUUCUUAA